CGGCACGUGAAGGUCGCGGCGCGGCGGCACCGGGAGGGACCGGGGGGACACCGCGGGGACACCGGGGGGCUCCGGGACCGCCAUGGACUCGCCGUCCGGCGCCGGGCUGGGCGGCGCCGACCCGCAGCUCCAGCGCUUCAUCGAGGUGGAGACGCAGAAGCAGCGCUUCCAGCAGCUGGUGCACCAGAUGACCGAGCUGUGCUGGGAGAAGUGCAUGGACAAGCCGGGCCCGAAGCUGGACAGCCGGGCCGAGACGUGCUUCGUGAACUGCGUGGAGCGUUUCAUCGACACCAGCCAGUUCAUCCUGAACCGGCUGGAGCAGACACAGAAGUCCAAAUCGGCCUUCUCGGAGAGCCUGUCCGACUGAGCUGGACCCAGCCCCCGCCAGGCCGGGCCUGGCCCAGGCCCACUCCUCCCAAAGGAGCCAAGAUCAGCUCAGGGGGUUAGGAUUUAAUUAAAUGUCAUCUCGGGGAAGCUGCAGCCAGAUGAGAGCCCACACCAGAGACACGGACGCUCCACGCCGGGGUGAUGUGCCGCUCCCGGUGGCUGCCUUUGUGCUGGGACCCUGUGCUUGGGACGUGCCCCCUCAGCUGAGGAGAGGGGUGGUGAUGCUCAUUCCAUGGGUGUUUCCAGUGCUGAUGUGAAGCUGGGCUCUGGGUGAGGCCAGCCUGUGGUUGCUGCCUUAAACAGUGCUGCAGAGACCAGCCCUCCUGGGUACGUGCUGACAUCCCCCCGGGCACCAUCCCAGGCUGGGACAGGCACCUGAGCCAGAAGAGCUCCUUGGGAACAGUGAUCAUCCCAGGCAGGGUCACCGCUGGAAAAUACUGUCAGGCUUCUGUAGGUAAAUCAUUCAUAUGCCCAAGUGACCAAUUUUCACACUGCAGCACAACUCUGUCGAUGCUGACUUGCUCCAUUAACUGCUUUCCCUGGGUAAAUGUAAUAAAUAAUAACUGGGUCAAUUUUUAA